AUGCCUACCUCGUGCACCUUUCAAUUGGAUCGUUUAAAUCCAGUUUAUAAUUCCGGUGAAUAUAUCAAAGGUCGUAUUCUCUUGAAAACGGAUAAAGUGAAACGAGUCAACGCCGUUUACGUUAGCUUGGAAGGCGAGGCCAAGGUACAGUGGUCUAUUAGUGGUAAGGAGACAGCGAAUUAUUUCGGUCAUCAGCAGUAUUUACAUUCGCGAGCCAGUGUUUUCGAUAAUACCGAAUUUUCAGCUGGCACUCAUAUCUAUGUCUUAACGUUGCGUAUACCGCAAGACUGUCCGUCGUCUUGCGCAGGGCCCUACGGCUAUAUAGCCUAUCAUAUGUCUUUAGUUAUUGAUAAGCCGCGCAGUUUCAAUGAGGUUUUCCGUCAACCAAUUACCGUAGUCCAAACACUGGACUUAAAUAUAAAUCCAGAUUAUUCGUUAUCCUUAAAUGAAGAAAGUAUGAAAUACUUGUGCCGUUGGCCUUGCAGUUCAGGUCCUUUAAAUUUUCGCCUCUCUUUGCCUUAUGCCGGUUAUACACCCGGGCAGUAUAUAAAAUUUCAAUUAGAGCUAGACAAUCAGUCGCCUCAUUAUGACGUCUGGGCUGUGGAGGCCUCUUUGAAACAGCAUUUUGUAUUUUUGGCCCGUAAGCCACUUAAACGUAACUAUCAUAGCAAAACUCUCUAUAAAAUGGUAAUUGAAGAGCGGACUUUGCGUUUAUCGAAACGUUUAUACGAAGCUUGUGUUUAUGUUCCCAUUAAUACGCCAAGGUCAACUUUGAAUUUAAAUUAUAUAGUAUUUUUGCACUAUAGCUUACAAGUGAAACUGAAAACUGGUUGUUUUCAUUAUGACGCGGAAAUUUCAUUACCCGUUAUUAUUGGCACAACGCCCAUACGAGAAUUUCUGGCCGAGCAGAGAGCUUUAGAAGGUCAAAGUAAUGCCGCCGAUGGUAAUAGGGCUUGGGGCGCCGAAGUGUGCAGGGGUUUAGUAACAACGCAACCUACACUUAGAUUACAGCAAGAAUUGAAUAAUUUAUUAAAUUAUACCAUAAUAACGCAACGCGACGACUUGAAUAAACUGGAAGAGCAGCGAAAAAAGAAGAAAAAUGAUGAUGAUCCUCCGUCUUAUGAUAGUUGUUUACCGCCUUCAUUUAGUUACGCUACACUGGGUAGUCGUGAUACUUUAGAUUCUACAGAGCCCAUGCCCAAGGGAUCUAAGAGGAGUAGCGUACAUUUACCGCCGUUUCCCAGCUACAAUACCUUUAGCAAUCCUACCGAUUCGUUACUUGAUGCAACAGGGGCUUACCAAGGAUCUUACGGAUCUUUAGGUACAAAUCAAACGGGACGUUCUUUGGAUACUUUGGAGAUCUUAAGCGUUAGAGACGAACCCGACAAUGAUGAAGACGAUAUUCACGAAAUCGAAACUACUCAAGUCCAAAUAGAAAACGUUGCUGAAACGAACGAACCGUCAAUGAACCGUAUGAGCUAAGAUUUAUCGCUAAGAGCUUAAAGAUACGAACCAAAGAGUUUAACUAAACAAGUAUAUUUUUAUAAGAGCUUAAGCACACGAGCCUUAGUUCGAUAUUCCUUAAUAAUCUUAAGUAUAAAAAAGCUUUGCUGAUAUAAAAAAAAAAACAUU